UUUGAGUGAGGACACCAGACCCAAAGAUCCAUAUCCCAUUCCAAGAAAGAUUAUGGCUGAACCAGACUACAUAGAUGAUAACAAUCCUGAGUUAAUUAGACCUCAGAAAUUAAUUAAUCCUGUGAAGUCAUCCCGGAAUCAUCAAGAUCUCCAUAGAGAGUUGCUUAUGAACCAGAAAAGGGGUCUUGCACCUCAGAACAAACCAGAGCUACAAAAGGUGAUGGAGAAGAGAAAACGAGAUCAAGUUAUUAAACAGCAAAAAGAAGAGGAAGCACAGAAGAAGAAAUCAGACCUGGAAAUAGAGCUACUGAAACGGCAACAGAAACUGGAGCAGCUGGAACUUGAGCAACAGAAGCUGCAAGAAGAACAGGAAAAUGCACCUGAAUUUGUCAAAGUCAAAGGCAACUUGAGGAGGACGGUCCAGGAAGCAACAGAUGCCCCAGAGUCCUAGAGCCAGCUCCUGCUUAGACUUCCAGUGUUCCAGUGGUGGCUGUUGAGAGGCUUCUGCAGGUUGUCUCAGAUUUGCCCCUCGAGGGAGAAUAAGAACAUCCAAGUGACACUUGCUGGAAA